AAUCAUCUCUGUAUACUGCUGAUAAGUAUGUUGAAAAAAAUGCAUUUAAUGGUGAGCAACCAGAGGACAUGAUGGAAGUUAAUGACACUGCCAACAAAACAGAGCCAGGUAGCCCUCAUAGUGAUGAUGUCGAACCAGCUGGUGUGGCACAACUACCACAGAAAAGAAAAAUAAUAAGAGAUCCUGCAAAACAUGCGGCAAAUAUUACCAGAGCUACAUUACAGCAACUUAAAGAACUCACUUACCUAAGCCAAGACACAGACGUCUUGAAUGAUGUGACGAAAGAGCUCCAGAUUCUGGUUACCAA